AUGGAGCAGCACACCUGGGCCUUCACCUUUGGCAUCCUAUGCAACAUCAUCUCACUCAUGGUCUUCCUUUCACCACCCCCGACGUUCUACCGCGUGUACCGUAAGAAGUCGACGGAAGGGUUCCACUUGACGUCAUAUCUCGCGACGCUCUUGAGCUGCUUGUUGUGGAUGUACUACGUCUCCCUGAAGUCCGGCUCCAAGCUCCUCCUCACCAUCAAUGGCGUCGGCUACGUCAUCGAGACCCUCUACAUCGCCAUGUACCUGGUCUACGCCCCCAAGAGCGCCAGGCUCCUUACCGCGAAGCUCUUCAUUGGCCUCGACGUCGGGCUCUUCGGCCUUAUUGCCCUCGUCACCAGGCUCGCGUCGGCCGGCCCGCUCGGCGUCCAGGUCGUCGGCUGGAUCGGCGUCGCUGUCGCGCUCGGCGUCUUCGCCGCUCCCUUGAGCAUCAUCAGGCUUGUGAUCCGGACCAAGAGUGUGGAGUUCAUGCCCUUGUCGAUGUCCUUCUGGCUCGUUCUCAGCGCGGUCAUGUGCGGCGCGCUCAUUCGCAGAAAAAGGUCCAUUUGUCCUGGUUUCAGAGGCUCAUUAGCCCCGGUUCCGGAACAGGGACUAAGUGCAUCUCCAACAGUCGCCGCAAUAAACACGCACGCGGUAAACACCAUUUUUACCGCGCACGGGACGAAUCCGUGCGCUCCAGCGGACACGGCAAAAACGCGCGCGCGGGAGAAAGCGGGCGGCCGCGCGCCAGAUUUGGCACGCCGCUUUCAGUGCGCUACAAAAUGCCGCACCUGCCACGCGGCUGCCCACACAGCCACGCGUCUCUCCCUCGCGCUCUCGACUCUUCCUUUACACUCUUCCUCAGCCGCUCCCUCUGCCGCCAUGCCGCCGCGCCGCCGUUCAUCGUCGGGCUACCGCGGCAUCCGUGAGCGCCCCUCCGGCACCUACUACGCCGAGAUCCGGUCCAGCGACGUCCGCCUCGGCCUCGGCACGUUCGAGACCGCGCACGAGGCCGCCCGCGCGUACGACGCGGCGGCGUGGUGA